CUGAUAUUAGUGAUGACAUUAAAGACGGUACUCUGUCUUUCUAACAUUUUAUGAGGAAAACGUGUUCAAAAAGAUGACAGUGAUGAAAUGAUUUUUAGAUGCACUCUCUUUUCCCAGAUGGUGAGGAAGGAGGAGCUUAAUGUAUAUCUGAUGUAUUUUGCUGAACCUGACAGAGACUUUCAUCAGAUCAUUCAAGCUGAGACUGUAAGCACACAUACAAUGAUCCUCCGUUCAGUUAUUCUGUUCUCUGCUUUAGCAUGUGCCAGUAAUGGAGACACGAUUACACCAGACAAAACAAAAGAGUUUGCUGCUGAGGGUUCAAAUGUUAUAUUAUCCUGCAGUUAUUCUUCUGCAUGGUCUUUACUUUGGUACCGUCAGUAUCCCGGAUCAGCUCCUGAAUUCCUUGUGCUCAUCUCAGACAGUAAAAAAGGAGUUCAGCCAUCUGAUGUAGAUCAAAGAUUCACUAGUAAGAUCAGAAAAGAAAAUCAAAACCAUGUGGAUCUGGAGAUCUCCUCUGCUGCAGUAUCAGACUCUGCUCUGUUAUACUGUGCUCUGUAUUACAGUCACAGGAAACACAAGAACACUGUACAAAAACCUGCUUCUGCUCAGAGUGAGGAAUCAAUGGUCUUCUACAGUUCAGGAGAAAUGGGACCCUUAAAUCUUGAAUUAUACACAGACCUCUCUAUCUACAGUAGAAGCUUCUUGGAGCUACAUGAAAUACAAAUGCAUGAUUAUUGA